UGUGGCAACCUAGGCGGGAGGGGGAGGCUGGUGGAGGUUAAACGCGGUCCCUCCGGCCCUGGCCGAGGCCGGCCACACUCACUCCAGAGUCUUGAUUAAGAGCCCGCUGCGUUCCCUGCGAAUGCAGGGAACUUGUGGGGUCCGGAGUCAGGUAACACCCCCUCCCAUGCACAAGUGGGGAAACUGAGGCACGGAGCGGGUGAGGAACGUGAGGUCAAAACUAGAGCCAGGGCUCAUGGGAAACUGAGGCACGGGGGAGAGAUGUAAGGUCAAAGAACGGGGGACUCGUGGAGAAACUGAGGCACGGGGCCCCAGAGACUUGCUGGUGUGGCCUCCUGUUUGGACAGAGGGGGAAACUGAGUCACGGCGGGAAGUCAGAAGGCUUCGACCACCUAAUCCAACCCCAUCCUUGUACAAAGAGGGAAAGAGGCACGGACAGGCCAGAGCUGGAUGGAACUUUUGGGUUGCCCUCUGGAAGGUUCCCUCCUCCUUCUCCUCUUCCUCCUCGUUGGUCUGAGGAAGGAAUUCCCUGACCUCUGAGAGAGGAAUCAAGCAGCAGAGACAGUAUUAGAACCUGGCUUCUCUGGAUAGGACCCUAGAGAGCAUAGAUCUUAGACUCUCCAGAGCAUCCAGCCCAGCCCAGCCUUUUACAAGUGGGGAAACUGAGACUCACAGGUGGGAGGCCACUUAACUCAGGUCCCACCCAGUUGGUAUUUGACCCCAAGUCUUGGGCCAGAAGCAUUAUGGGGUCAUGUCUUCCCUGGCAACUCUGAGACUGCAGUUGGCAUUGACAGAGAGAGGGCUUCCUGGUGUCCAAACCUCUUAACCUCCAUUUGACAGAGAAGAAAAUGGAGGUUCACAGAGGUUCGGAGAGGCAGCUUGAGCUCUGACUCUUAGAUCCUGGACUCUGAGGGUCUUGGAGUCCAGGACAUGGGCAGUGUGUUCAGUGGAAUUGAGAUGGUCCAAGGACUUUUCUCUUCCCUGCUUCACAUGAGUAGACUUGAGAACAAGGUCACCCAGUGAAUCUGUGACAAUCAAAGGACCCAAAAGACCAGGGUCUCUAGACCCCAAAUCCAGUGCUCUCUUCAGUUGCCUCACAUUGGCAUGUUGGGGGUUUCCUCUUCAAACCCUUCAUCCACUUUUCUCAGGUAUGGAUGGACAGGAAACAAGGCGAUGAUCAAACUAGUACUUUUCCCAGGAAAACUUUCUGGGGGCAGAGUCAGAAGAAGGGAGAGAGGGAGAGGGAAGAGCCCUGGGAUAGUUUGUAGUUGUGCAUGGGGUAGAGUGACAAGCUCCUGCAACUUGCUUCUAAUGUCACUUGGCCCUCAUUUGAGGGAGUUUUCUUUCCUCUUUCAAUGUGCUUUUGCUAAAUAAUGCUAGAGUGUGUCAUUCCUUUGGACAGAAGGUUCACAUGCCUUCAUAAACAUCCGCUCAACUACAGCAAUGUCUGCAUUGCAGGGAGCCCACAUUUUGAGAGGACCAUGAGAGAGGAGUUUCAGUUCAUCAAGGGCCUCUUGUAAAAUGUUUUCCUGGGGGUACUAAAUAGAAGAACACAUAGCCUGGUCUUGUUUUAUUCCAUGUCAUGAACUGUUAUGAAAUAAUUUAAAAUAAAGUGUUUUUAGUCACUCAGAAAGAGCACAGAACACACUGGGCUGAGUAAUGGGAUCUGGGUAUGAAUCACUAACUGAACGUCCUCCCAGUGGACGCCUGGGUGUGAAGUGUUCUGCACUGUGUGCCAUUUGUGCUUCUAAGAGAGUUCAGAAUCUUGUCAGAAGAUUGAAAAUGUGGGGUAAGGGAAACUUGCCUAUCCAAUGUGGAAGAAACUGGUAAACAUUCGGUUUUCUUUUUAGUUUAGAAUUUUAAAUAUUAAAAAUAGAGGGGGCAGCUGGGUAGCUCAGUGUGUUGAGAGCUAGGCCUAGAGACGGGAGCUCCUAGGUUCAAAUCUGACCUCAGACACUUCCUAGCUGUGUGACCCUGGGCAAGUCACUUGACCCCCAUUGCCUAGCCCUUACCACUCUUCUGCCUUGGAGCCAAUACACAGUAUUGACUCCAAGAUGGAAAGUGUGGGUUUAAAAAAAAAAUAGAAAGAGGCAAAAUGUGUACCCAAAGUUUCAGUCAUUCAGCUAAAAGGUGCAUGCUUCAGAUCUAACCUCGUGUAUUUCCUAGCUGUGUGACCCUAGGCAAGUCAUUUAACCUGAUUUGCCUAGCCCUAGCCCUUCUGUCUUAGACUUGUUACUGAGACAGAAGGUAAAAGUGUAAGAAAGAAAAUGUUUAUCAUUAAUAACUUGUAGCCUCUCGUGGUCAUUAGCAGCAAUUAGAAAUGUGUCCCAUUGCACCUCUUACGUUCAAUUUUGGGAAUCCUGCAUCAUCCUUGUGUGAUUCUCGGGGAUGCGUCUGGCCCUUCUGUGCCGGGAGAUCCAGGUCCCUUGACUCCUUUUUCCAACGGUUGUCCCAAGGGCCAGCCGCAUAGACACUACAGACAACUUAGGUCCACUGAGUCCCUGCAAGGCUUUGAGUGCGACCCGCUGCUGGAGGAGGGCAGAGGAGGUUAGGGGUUGAGUGGAUUGAAACAUUUGGGCCCACUCCAGUUCUGCUCCAUAUCCUGCUUCCUUUCAUCUGCUUUUUAACCAGUUAUGGUACUGGGAAAUGUUUGGGACUUUUCCAGAGAAAGGGAGGGUAGAAGUCCAGAAUGGGAGUAAGUGUCCCUCCACUCCCCCCAGCCCUACACACCUUGUCUUCCCUUUGUCCAUCUUCUGUACCUACUAAGUAGGAUUUGAACUCGGGUCUUCCUGACUUCAAGAGCAAUGAAGUCACGGCACCAUUUAGCCAACUUUCUGUGCGUACUUAAGGUGUCUCUGGAUUGUUCUGCCUCUCGUCAAGGACAGGCUUCAUGUUGUCUGCAUUUUCUGCUCUUGCCACCUAAGCCCACCCCAUGACACACCUGGGCCCCGUGUGUGCUUCUAAUGUGAUAUGAGGCGACCACGCCAAGAAAGCUCAUUCUCACAAGUUGGUGUGGCCUCCGGCAGGGUCCUGACACUCUCGAGCUUUUCAGUUUUGCAGAGCUGGGACUAGCAUGGAUUUCAUUUGAAGAAUCGCAGGAGUCAUCGAGGCUGAUGAAAACAUGAACCAUUCCGUGGUGACCCGCCAACCUCGGCUCUUUCAGAAAGAGAGAAGACUCCUCCUGGGAACCUUCACAUGUGACUGCAGGAAGCAGAUCCAUUUGCAUUUGCCUGACCUGAUGGGGAAGCACAUGGAAGAUGGCAUCGGAGGAUAUGGGCUCUCCCUAGUGCUGGAAGCAAUGAGAUCAGGUCCUGAAGCCCUUUCUUGUAACAGGACUGCGCUCAAGCCAUUCUCUGGAUAUCAUCCCCAGUUCUUAUGCACACCCAUGGCACAAUGAGCAGCCCUCAGGAGCAGCUGAGCUGGUCUUCCUCACCGACCUUGACCUUGAGUGAGAACCGAGCUUUUGGGGGGCUUCAUGAUGAGCGUACAUCCCCCAGGAGCCACCCCUCUCCCAAGCUCUUUGAGGAUGUGGAAGAGAAGGGGGUGCUUCGAGCCGAGCUAACAGAGGGUAUGACCAGCCCCACCGCCACAACAGCACUGACCAGUGUCAGUGAGGACUCAAGGGACCAGUUUGAGAACAGUGUUUUGCAGCUCAGGGAACAAGAGGAAUCUGAGUCGGCCACUUCUCAGGGCAACGGGAAUGCGGGGGAUGGAGAGAACACCGGCAGCACAGAGGACAUUAAGAUCCAAUUCAGCCGAUCAGGCAGCGGGAGUGGGGGCUUUCUGGAAGGACUUUUCGGUUGCCUGAGGCCUGUCUGGAACAUCAUAGGAAAGGCAUACUCCACCGACUAUAAACUCCAGCAGCAAGAUACUUGGGAAGUCCCCUUUGAGGAGAUCUCGGAGCUGCAGUGGCUGGGCAGCGGAGCCCAAGGUGCCGUCUUCUUGGGCAAGUUCCGAGCGGAGGAGGUGGCCAUCAAGAAGGUGAGGGAGCAGAAUGAGACGGACAUCAAGCACCUUCGCAAGCUGAAACACCCCAACAUCAUCGCCUUCAAGGGCGUUUGUACCCAGGCCCCGUGCUACUGCAUCAUCAUGGAGUACUGCGCCCACGGGCAGCUCUACGAGGUCUUGAGAGCCGGGAGGAAGGUCACGCCUCGCCUGCUGGUGGACUGGUCCACGGGCAUCGCAAGUGGCAUGAACUACUUACACCUGCAUAAGAUCAUCCAUCGGGACCUCAAGUCCCCCAACGUUUUGGUCACUCAUACAGAUGCAGUCAAAAUUUCUGACUUUGGGACCUCCAAAGAACUCAGCGAUAAGAGCACCAAGAUGUCCUUUGCUGGCACCGUGGCGUGGAUGGCCCCCGAGGUGAUCCGCAAUGAGCCCGUCUCGGAAAAAGUAGACAUCUGGUCCUUUGGAGUGGUGCUGUGGGAGCUGCUGACCGGGGAGAUCCCAUACAAAGACGUCGACUCAUCGGCCAUCAUCUGGGGUGUGGGCAGCAACAGCCUGCACCUCCCUGUCCCUUCCACCUGCCCUGAUGGCUUUAAGAUCCUCAUGAAGCAGACCUGGCAGAGCAAACCCCGCAACCGGCCCUCUUUCCGCCAGACGCUUCUGCAUCUGGACAUCGCUUCAGCUGACGUGCUUGCCACGCCCCAGGAGACCUACUUCAAGUCCCAGGCCGAAUGGAGGGAGGAAGUGAAAAAACACUUUGAGAAAAUCAAAAGUGAGGGCACUUGCAUACAUCGGCUGGAUGAGGAGCUCAUCAGGCGCCGGCGAGAAGAGCUCAGGCAUGCGCUGGACAUCCGGGAGCACUACGAGCGGAAGCUGGAGCGCGCCAAUAACCUGUACAUGGAGCUGAGCGCCAUCAUGCUGCAGCUCGAGGUCCGCGAGAAGGAGCUCAUCAGGCGCGAGCAGGCCGUGGAGAAGAAGUACCCGGGCACUUACAAGCGGCACCCCGUGAGACCCAUUAUCCACCCCAAUGCCGUGGAGAAGCUGAUGAAGAGGAAGGGGGUGUCUCACAAGCCAGGACUGCCCACCAAACGGCCAGAUCUCCUGCGCUCUGAAGGCAUCCCCAGCACGGAGGUGGCUCCCCACGGGUCCCCGGUGUCUGGGAGCCCCAAAAUAUCGACCCCUGGAAGCAAAGGCCGAUACCGCAGCAAACCCCGCCACCGCCGGGCAAAUAGCAAAGGGAGCCAUAGUGACUUUGUGGCCGCCAUCUUGAAAAACCAGCCAGCCCAGGAGGCUUCCCCCCAGGGCACCCCCGCCUGUCCGCCUCCUCCUCCUCCUCCCCCCCUCCAUCCUCCCCAUCACGUCUCCCAGCCCCCCAAGCCCCCGCCCCACGAGCACCACCCCAGGCUCAACCUGCAUGGACAGGACAUCGCCAACUGUGCUAACAACCUGAGGUACUUUGGGCCUGCAGCGGCCCUCCGCAGCCCGCUCAGCAACCAUGCCCAGAGGCAGGUUUCUGGCUCCAGCCCUGACCUCAUCUCCACGGCCAUGGCGGCCGAUUCCUGGAAGCAUUCCGAGCCCCAGGGGGGCCUGGCCGGCCCUUGGGCCUGUUGUCAGGCAGACCCCUAUGACCCGUGCCUCCAGUGCCAGCCGGCCCCCGGCCAGCCCCGGCCAGCAUCCUCAGAGCCAGAGGCCAAGAGCUCCGGAGUCCACCAGCCCGAGGCCCCGGCCCACGGGGGCCUCUACCAAGCCAGGCAGGGCUCAGAAAACAUGGAGGACCCAGGCUUCCGUGGCUGCCCGUCCGUGCCCUCACUCAGCGCCCCCCAGCACAUGACCCCUUCAGUGCUACCUCGAAAAACAAGACCCCUUCAGAAGAGCGGAGACGACUCUUCAGAAGAGGAAGAAGGAGAAGUGGAUAGCGAAGUGGAGUUUCCCCGGAGACAGAGGCCUCACCGCUGUAUCAGCAGCUGCCAGUCCUACUCGACCUUCAGCUCUGAAAACUUCUCCGUGUCCGACGGAGAGGAGGGGAACACCAGCGACCACUCCAACAGCCCCGACGAGCUGGGCCGCAGGCUGGAGGACCGCCUGGCUGAAAAGCUGGAGGACCUGCUGUCGCAGACCCCGGAGAUCCCCAUCGAGAUCUCCACCCAGUCGGACGGGCUUUCGGACAAGGAGUGUGCCGUGCGCCGGGUGAAGACCCAGAUGUCCCUGGGCAAGCUCUGUGCAGAGGAGCACGGCUACGAGAAUCCCGGGCAACUGGGAGAAUCCGACUGUGACUCUUCGGACGGGGAGUGCUCGGAUGCCACCGUCCGGACAAACAAGCACUACAGCUCAGCCACGUGGUAAUGACGGGCAGCCGUCGGAAGCUCUCCUCACUGUCCUGGCAUUUCAAACCCACCCCCAGGCUCUGGCCACGCUGCUCCCUGAGCUGCCCCACCUUCCUUCUCCCCAAAGGCAUCGGCAAUAACCGGGACACGGCCCUUCACCUCACCAAUCUCUUGGGGAAAACAAGUGGUGUCCAGUGGAGCUCAUUCUCACCGAGCAUUUCAAUCCAGAAUGGCAGGGAUCUCUUUUAUGACUCUUCUCGCUACUGUAACACGAAGAUUUAUUUUUGUUUGACAUUUUAACACUUUGUACUGUAAAGAGCGAACUAUAUAUGGUAUAUGUAGAGCUAUACAUAGAGAGACACAAUAAUUUGUUGCAAAAAAAAUGAAGAAGGAAAUAGAAUUUAGGAGAAAUGUCCCUCGGAGCCGAUGGGGCCAGGAGUUGUUGCUGCUGAUGGGACGGGGGACCAGGCCUUGGGGCCCUAGCCAUGACAGAAAAGGCAGAGCAAAACCACAUUGAAAAUCACAGCAAUAUCCGCCCCCCCAGGCUGAACUCCCAGCUGGAAGAGGGCUCAGCACUCCGGGUGCCGAAGGGCCCCCUUCGGCCCGCUGGGUUCUCCUGUGUGAGUGGAGGCUGAUUCGGUUAAGUGGCCUCUGGCUCUCGGGUUCUCACCCAGUGUUCCUGGGAGCUCGCUGGCCUCUCCAGGUCUUCUCUGGACAGGCCCACUGACGCUCUGCCCCCUGCCCACUUUGCCUGGGGAAGGGGCAGGGGCCGCUGGGCCUGAGGCUCAUGAAGCCAGGAUGCACACACACGCUGCUCUCCAAUAGCAAUUCCCAGCCCCCUCCAUUGGGUUCUUAUUGAUUCUUGACUAUUUAGAGAGCCUCGGGGACCCACCAGGGCAGGCUUUAGUCUACAAGAGCCAGGCAGCAUGGGAAAUCAAGCCGUUGACAUGAGAUUCCCUAUUGUCCCCCCUCUCCCCGUCCCCAACCCCAAACGGAAUUUGAUUGUAACAAUACUCAAAGGACUGGAAGGAAACGUGAGCAGAGCUCGGAGCCUGGAAAGGUUCCGUCCUUACCUGUCCCAAAGGUGAGGCCCAACCCGCCUUCAGGCUAAGGCUUUGGGAGCCUUUCCAAGGGGUCUUCCUGAUGCUUCAACUAAAGAAAAAGGAAGGAAGAAAUGAACAUCAGGACAGACCGGUGUUAGCCUGGGUCUCAUCGUCUCUCCCCCAUCGCUGUCUCUUCUUUCUCUCUUCCCCCCUCCCCCCUCCUCCCCACCCUCAUCUCGGCCUUUCUUCCCCUCCAGACCUAAGAAGUGAGGUGGAUUCGGGCAGCGCCCUGCCUUUGUCUAUCCGGGUAGAAAAGUGGUUUCAGAUGAAGAUAGUGUCAUUCCCUCCACACACACCCCCACAUGUGCACGUGUGCACGCACAUGUGUUUUACACACACACAACCCUCCUGUGGGUCUCACCAGCCCAAGAAGGCAUGGCAGGAGGGCACUUGGGGCCAGUUUCCUUUACUCAGUGGGUACAUCUAUUUGUUUACACAUAAUGUUGAGACAUUGAUUUUAAUUUCACGGCUAUAAUUCAUAGCCCUUAGAUAGGAUCAAGGAACAAUGGCUUUCCUUCUCCAUAGAGCAGUAUUGUACAAGUUAAAUUAUUCCAUUUUAUAAAAUUUCUGUAGCUGGACUACACGGAAGACCUUAAGUUAUGGCAUUUUUAUUAUUAUUUGAUUAUUUUAUUGUUAUCAUGAUCAUUUUUCUGUCGAUCAGAAGGUUUGGUUUACAGUGGAACACAAAUGAUUGCAUAUUUAUUACUGACAGUGAACUGUGUGAUUUUAUAAAGGAACAAAAGCAGCCUAGCCGCAGUGCGUGACUGAUCCUUGUGGGUGGCGCUGGUCCGAUAGCUAAAGCCCCAAUCGCCCGCGGCCCCUGGAUCCGGCCUGGCGACCACGGCAGGUCGGGCAUCUCCCUGAAAAGCCUUUGCUCGGUGCUCUCGUUGGGCGAGUGAGCGAUGGCCAAGCAGCUUCCAGACUGAGAAUUCUCUCAAGCUGAGAGGAAACCCGCUGGGCUCCCAUGGAAAGCAAGAAGAGACGUGCCCAGUAACCCAUCUGGCCUAUGAAUGGGAUAGAGCAGAACACUGUGUCCCAGGGAAAUAAAUGGCAAUAAAAGUCCUAAUUUUCUUCCCUCCAA